AAGUCUCGCGGUGUUUCCUCACUUCUCGCAGAAGAAGAAUCCCGGAAGUGUGGAAAGAUUUCCUGACGGAUCACCGGGCUAACCAGCUAACAGAGAUAACUCUCAGUCUUAUCAUCCUUUAAUCUCUUCUACAGGUUAGAUAGACACCUGCACUAAAGUAUCAAGAUGACAGCCGCACCUUACAACUACUCCUACAUCUUCAAAUACAUCAUCAUCGGUGAUAUGGGCGUAGGGAAGUCAUGUCUGCUGCAUCAGUUCACAGAGAAAAAAUUCAUGGCGGACUGUCCUCACACCAUCGGGGUGGAGUUCGGCACGAGGAUCAUGGAGGUCCACAGUCAGAAGGUGAAGCUACAGAUCUGGGACACGGCCGGUCAGGAGCGCUUCAGGGCCGUCACCAGGUCCUAUUACAGAGGGGCCGCCGGGGCCCUUAUGGUGUAUGACAUCACCAGGAGAAGCACCUAUAAUCACUUGAGCAGCUGGUUGACAGACGCCAGGAACCUGACUAACCCAAACACAGUGAUCAUUCUGAUUGGAAAUAAGGCCGACCUGGAGGCGCAGAGAGAUGUGACGUAUGAGGAGGCCAAACAGUUCGCUGAAGAGAAUGGUUUGCUGUUCCUAGAGGCCAGCGCUAAAACAGGGGAGAAUGUGGAAGAGGCUUUUCUGGAAGCAGCAAAGAGGAUUUACCAAAACAUCCAAGAUGGCAGCCUGGACUUGAACGCUGCAGAGUCAGGAGUCCAACACAAACCGUCUGCGCCGCAAGGAGGCCGCCUUAAUGCCGACAGCCAGCCGGCAAAAGAGGGCUGCAGCUGCUAACCGCGGACGGGAACCACAGACCAAUCAAACGGACAGACGGAAGGACAGAAAUGAACAUAUACAGACACAGAAAUCUACUCACCACACAGCACUAACAUGCAUCUUCUAUCCAGAUUGGAGUCCAUUUAACACAACCGACCUGUUGGACCUCGAUUUCGGCUUCAAAACAACACAGAGCCAUCCUCCACCCUACUGAACGCUUACUAACUUUUCAAUACGGGACACCCUCAACCAAGUACCAAAACCACAACUUUCCACAGUCUUGUGUGCAACCUCUGUAUCAGUGUUGGACAGUUCCCAUGUCAUUGUACUUACCAAAAUCCACCUUAUGGACCUUGGAUCAGGCUUCAAAAUAAGUUAUAGCCAAUAGAGAUCACUAUCCAAGCCAAUCCAGCCAGAUUAGUCUGGACCAUUGACACCUACGAAUUAUCAUGUAUCACCCAAGGAUACAAAAGCCUCUAUUUAAUGAUGUGACUACUCCUUGUACCCCAUCUCUUCCAAACCUGGACCAAUUCAAGGAAGAGAUGUCCAAAUUUGGGGCUACCAUUAUCUGGAGUGACCCAGCACCCAUGUCUUAAAAGACAAAACAGGAUUCAAGACUUCUGCUCUCUACAGAACUACACAAUUUGGACAUUGCCAUGGAUGGAGCUAUAGUCUUGGUUUUGGAUUGACUGCUCCUCUUCCAAGUCCAGACGAACCAAAGCCUACAUCCAGGAAGGGUUUAACCCGCUGUUUGCAAAGCUGGAGCCUUCUAAAACCAGAAUGGGAAACCUCUAAUCCAAUCACUAGACUAUUCUGUUCAUGAGCUAUCCUCAAGACCCAGUCUCUUUCAACCUUGGACCAAUUAAAGCACGGUUUGUCCAAAUUUUGGACUAACCUUUUCUGGAGCGACCUGGCACCCAUUUUUAAAAGGAUGAGGCUCACUAUGACGCAACCUAUCGCUCUAAAAUGGACUACAUAUCACUUAAACCUGUGCUGUAAUCCUGAAUUUGGACAUUACCAUGGUCAGAUCCAUAAUCUAGGCAUUAGACCAUUCCUUAUCCCAAACGAGACAGCCCUAAGCUUUCAUCCAGGCUUGAACCAAAGGAGAACAAAGAUGGACAUUUCUAAUCCUAUCACCAAACAACACUGUUCUUGUACUGCCCUCUGGACUGUGGCCUUUCCGAGUGUGGAGUCUCCUCAGCUCUAGUCAGUUGAGGGUUUGGGGUACCCUUUUCCAAAUGCAAAGUCCUGUCUCCUAAGUGUUAAACAACAUACAAGGCUUAAAUUUGGACCAACCCCAGUUCCAAUGACACAUUAUGAUGACUACAUCCAGAGCCAGGACUCAAGCAGGACUACCUUUGGUUCAAAUUAAGACAUCCAGGCUUGCUUGGCCUGUUAGGACCUAUAGCGCCACCUUUGGCAUUGAAACCACAAUACCAUUUCCCAAAGCACCCAUGUCCAUUUGGAGAAAAUUGGCUAAACCUACAUCCUAAAUCAGGACCACACUUCCCUUAAAUGUGGAUUGUCCAAGUUCCAAUAUUUCAUUCCUGUGUACCCAUUCAGAGCCUCUCCUCAAGCAAGACUGUCCUUUUGGAGGACCAACCAUCAACUGUAGACCAGAUUUUGGCAUUAUCUCAUCUGCUAUAAUUCGAAACUGUCCAAUGAACCAGUUCUGACAUUCACCCUUGGAUAUGAACUUUUGGAUUUAUGGCCUUACUCGUGUCUUAUUCUUGUGUGAUGUCCCAUAUUCGUUGUUCAGCUGAAAAGGUCUUUAACAUCCAUUCCUCAGAACCAUGAAUUCAAGAACAGAGUGGCCUGGACAUCAAAACACACCUCUGGGAUUCUCUACUUGGACUCCUGAACAGUUUUCACUUGCUUGUUGGUAAUGUGGAACAGAAGACGCUUAUAUUCUGAGAUUGUUCGUGUGGAACGGAAGCUGUUGGUCCACAAGUCAAAUAACCAUCUUGAAGGCGUUCAUUCUGGUUUGACUACAGUCCAGACAUCUUGAAUGCAGGAUCCAGAGGAACUCCACUGAUUUUGAACAUGAGGAUCAGUUUACUUAUCAUGCUUAGUACCACUCAGCCUCUGGAAAUACUUGCAUGAUGUAUGCUUUGGCUUUGUAGGAGCCUUUUUACGUCUGAAAAGUUACACUGAAGAUGUAAGUUAGCCCGAGCUUCAAGAUCAUCGUGACGGAAAGAUCGACAGAGAGCCUCAGGGUUCACCGUUUCAAGAGUUCUGCGUAAAUUUAGGACCCGUGGCCCAGUUGUUUGAAAGGUUUGGCCUGAAUAAGAGUGAUCCAGGUUUGGAUUCCAGGAUUCGGUAAUCCACUAGAAAAUCUUGAUUGGACCAACUGGUUCAAGAAAGACUUUCUAAGAUUACAAAAUUAUCACCAGUGCUUUUAAUGAGGCUUCUUCUGUCCUCUUUUGAACAACCGGUUUUUAUCAUUUAAAUCCUACCCGAUAGGUUCGGAUCCUUUUGAACAACUGGGUCCAGGAGUUUUGGAGUAUACCCCUCUCAAGACUACAAGUCCGGAUAUAUCAGUCUUUGCAAGUUUAUUGGACCAGUCCCAGUCCUUCAUUAACCUGUAUCCUGUAAGUUCGCCAACUUCGUUGAACGAGUGACUAAAACCUUGUGCUACAUUCAAAACAAAAUGGCAUUAUGGGUAAUCUCCCUAUGUCCAAAUCACUGGAGCCCCUCUAAUGGGGGAAUAGCUACAGGUAAUAGCUUGGUUCUCAGUACACACAAAGGCAUGCUGAUAGAAGUUUUACCAGCAGAGCUUUAAUACUUACAUCGCAGGUCUUUAUCGGACCAACAUUUUGGACCCAAACUAACCAGUGUAGAACCUUCCCCCAUCCUACAUAGCUAGAUUUUAAUGUUCAGAAAAGAAACACAAACGAAAAGAAACCAACGCCCAACAAUUGUCAUUUUGACCAAGCUUCACGUACAUCCUUGGUUAAGUCUAGGAACCAAGCGCCCCCUUGAAGACCUCUAACAGAUACAUUUGUGGACAGGAACCUCAUAACUAGAACCACCGUCUCUGCGUCCCCACACUUUGCCUUUUUAAGAUCUAAUAUAUUUUAAUUAAGUAAUUUCGCAUCCUUGCGUCUGUAAGUAUUGACCGCUUUGUGGAGAGACGAGCAGCCAGUUGAUGAAGGUGAAGACGAAGAAAUGAACUUCCCUGAACCAGAAUGUCACGACCGAUCUGUCAGUGGAUCGCAAGUUCAGGAUAGAUUUUUAUUAAAUUUGAUUGUUUGUUUUUUCUAUCAUGUUUCCAAAUAUAAACAACCCAUAUUUUCAAUGUUCCGACUCCCUCUAGUGGCCGUUUUUAUCAUCUCUUUUCGUUGAAGGCAUUUAGAGGGAGGAAAAUUUGUGAAAGUGGAAGCAACACAGACGCUUUUAAUGCAUUAGUCUGUUUUAUCGUUCGUCUAUCGUUCGUUUGUUUGUUAGCAUUAGGCCACAAUUACACUUUACUUGAAUGUGCUAUUUUAGCAUCUUGUUGAUUGACGCUAAAUUGUCACAUUGCAUAGAAGACACAGCUUACUUUAUCGUAGUACACACAAAAAUUGAAAAAUUAGUUUUCAAAGGCUGUAAGAAAUAAUAGAUGAAAAAAAAUUGCUAUUCACCGCAUCAUAAAGAAAAAUUGCUAUUUCAUGAAAUCUACCCGAAUGAUCUAAAAACUUUUCCUUUAAACAUGAUUCAGUCCAACAUAACUUCCUGAGCGUUCCCAAAUAUACACACCAGAUAUUUUAACAGCUCCCCCUAGUGGCCAUUUUCAAAAAAAAAUUUGUGAAGUGUUAACUGAGAGGGGCGAAAUGGCACAAAUUUAAGAAACACAGAUUUAUUUUUGUUAUUAUUUCUGUCCGUGUUAGGCCAGGUAACACUUGCUUGAAUUUUAUUUCUUUAUUACCACAAAGUUGUUCGUUAAGACUGAAAGACGUCGUUAGUCUGUAACUUACAAAAAACAAAAUUAUCCACAAAAUCAGUAUUUCAGGUAAUUUGGAAAAACUGAAUUUCAAACUUUAUUUGAUCGUGUUUAGUCCGACCCAAAGAUCCUGAGCCUUGAUUUCCUAUAAAUACUGUAUAAUUUUCAUAUCACAGCUCCCCCUUGUGGCUACUUCCCCUUUAAAUCGAGGGGAACAAACGGCCCUAGCGUGGAAGUAAAACAAAAUGUUAGAAAGUUAUUUUUUUGUGUGACCAUUUGUGUUUUUUUAAUUUAGGAUUGCACUUUACUGAAUGUGCUACUCUAAUUUCUUUCUUUUUUUACGUCUGAAUUGUUAAGUUGCAGUGAAGAUCGGUCUUACUUUAUCGUAGUUCACGUAAAACCCAAACCAAAUAUUUGUUGUUGUUUGUCGGACGUUAUCGGAAAAAUUAAACUUGAUUCAACCCAACAACUUAAACCUUUAUUUCACAAACAGCAUUAAAUAAUCCUUCACCGUUACUAAAUCAGCUUUUAACGAAUCAGUGUGACCCAACGCUUUAAUCGAAGUGUAACCGAAUCAGUCCGUGAAUUUUGAUUUCUAAGAAGCAUUCCAGCGCUAGCUACCUACUGCACAUAAAUCAAACAAAGCAGCUGAUUUUCUAAAUGUUUAUUUUGCAUUUUUUAAUACUUAAAGCUGUUUUCAUUUUCCUUUUUUUGUCUUCGAAUAGAGAGAAAACAAAACUAGCGAACAGACGGCUCAGUCUCAAAUGUAACGUUAAAAAGAAAGUUACGUAAGCAGCUUCGGAUGUAGCUUUCUCCUCCGACAGAACGAUUUCAAUAUACUAAAAAUAAUAUAUAAACAUUUUAAAAAAUGUGUAUAAAAAGUAAAAAAAAAAACUCACGUUAGGUCACAGUUAUAAAAUGAAAUCGCAACUUUUCCAGGCAAAGAUUUCCGAUGUUAUUAAUUUUGAUUCCACUUUCUUUUUCAGCUAAUCAUGACGAAAAAUUCGGACAUUGAGUUUACAGUAUUACUCUUUCCUUUUUUACGUAAACUAGAUUUAGUGACGCUUCAUGAUCUAAUUAUUUUAACAUCAAAAUGAUUGAAAUGAUAAACAGGUCUGCAGGAAAAUGAGGUAAAAUGUCGUAGAAUUGUUCGGAGAAAGUGAAAGUAACACAAGAAAUAAAAGGAUUGAAUUGUUCUGUACGUUAAAGUCAACAGUGAAGUGUUUGGUGACAUUCUGCUUCUGUUGGAUUCUGUAGUUUAGCCGCGUAUUAAAGGAGAACGUUUUAGUUUAGUAGUUUAAAAAGUCGUUCCCUGGCUGUCUUACGUCCAUCCGCCCGUCCUCUGUGAUUCAGAUUUCGGGUUGCCCCUCUGAGCUCCUGUGUACAUAUCAGUCUAAACCGAAGUGCUGAUUGUGAAACACGUGGACCGCUUAAACCCAGAGUCUUUCUUUUUCUUACUGGGUCCACAUCCGUCUGAAUGUGGAGUGAUCGGUUUUUGUUGUCCUCUGAUUGGUGGACAGCCGCCUUCAACGACUGAGACGCUUGAUUUAUGAAUGAAGCCCCGCCCCCUCAUUGUAAAAAACCCACACAUCAGACUUUUCCAAACGUUCUGUUUGUUUUCUCUUAAUCCUCACGACACAAACACGAGAGAUAGAAACCAUUAGCGUUAAAGUACCGCAGAACGCACUUUGUUUCCUCUUUCUGUUCUCGUUCGGGUUUUAACUCGUCUGCAUGAACCAAAGGCUUUUAAAAGUUAGCAAGAAGUCACCGGAGGAGUCGCCUUAAGCUUCCCUCACCAAAGGAAAACAAAAGCAUUUAAUCCUUUUUGUACUCAAACACAACAGAGGAGAGACUCGCAGCUGAAGGACUGUAGGGGGCGGCGUUGGUGCGUCCCGGCCCUUUAAGGGAGCUCAGUCCUCAGAGAGAUAAAGACGCUGCUGUUUGAAUUAUAUAUCGAUGCUUUUCACAAACUGAUGGAGAGACUGAAAUUUUGAACCUAAAUAUUCCACGUUCUGUGACUGUAACACACUCUGUACAUUUCAUUCUUUCUUUAUGUAUCGUCUGUUUAUCUUCUGUCUGAAGUAACACACGUCUUCAUGACCAUGACUCUUUGAUUAUUUAUAUUCUAAAUCUGACAUUCAUCAGCUGUACCUUCAUUGUACGAUCGUGGGGAUUCAGUUAUUUGUAAAUAAAGUAUAUAUACUGUAUAUACUCGAA